AUGGUGUCAGCCUCCGCCGCAGUGGCCCUCGUCGUGCUAGUAGCUAGCGCACUGCUGAUGCUGGGCGAGCGCAUGGACUUGCCCCCGCUGCAUGAGCUACAGCGUCAGUGGGCGAUCAACAGUGGCUACGACCUGAUGGAUCUUUCAUCUCCCGUGCUGUAUGGGAAGCCGCUUCAGGCACUCGCCUACAUCUCCCGCCUCCCCGUCCUCGGCCGAAUCUUGUGCAAUCAUUUAGCUAAAGAUAACAAGAUUCUGGAAGUUCGAAAAUUCGCAGCAUCCAUCCCAGACUUGCCACUGUAUUACCCGUAUAUCGAGCCCAAUGAAACUGACGUGAGCCGGCUGAUUGGAGGGGAAAAGCCACAAUCGCUGGAAGAGUUCUGUAAGAAAGGUGCACGAAGUACGAACGCCGACGUCUCCUUCAGGCACUGGACCAUCGCCGACUACACGUCUCGCUAUACCUUAGGCGAAGUGACUCCUGUGCAGGUGGUGAAAGCUAUACUGGUUGCAGUAGAGAAGAACAAAGAGAGUGAGUUCCCACUCAAUUUGUUCGUGGAAAAGCGCGAUGAAGACAUUUUGGCACAAGCAAGAGCCUCAGCUGAGCGAUAUGCACGAGGACAGCCCCUUGGUGUGCUGGAUGGAGUGCCAGUGGCCAUCAAAGACGAAGUGCACGUGAAAGGCCACCGCGUGUUUAAAGGUACGUCGUUCAUGGGAUAUGAAGAGGAAGUAGCAACGGAAGAUGACCUAUCAGUUGCGAGGCUCCGUGCGGCUGGAGCUAUUAUUCUUGGAACCACUAACAUGCACGAGCUCGGAUCGGGGGUCACGGGCUACAACAUGCAUUAUGGCGCAGUGCGUAACCCGUAUAACCCAAAAUGCUACACCGGUGGAUCUUCUAGUGGUUCUGCUGCAGCGGUGGCAUCGGGGCUCGUGCCGCUGGCGCUUGGUUUGGAUGGAGGCGGUUCCAUUCGCAUCCCUUCUUCGUUGUGUGGCGUAGUUGGCAUCAAACCAACGUUCGAGCGUAUUCCUCUAGCGGCAGCAGGUUGUCCAUCUGUUGCUCAUGUUGGUCCCAUCGCAGGCUCUGUUCGUGACGCUGCCAUCGGCUACGCGAUCAUGAGUGGCGGCGAUACGACUGUCUUUUCUCGUGGCAUAACGCAGCCACCUGUGGACGUGCACUCAUUCGAUCAUACGUCUUCUCUCAAGGGUGUUCGCAUCGGGUACUUCCGCGACUACACGAACCACUCAUCAACUGAAAUUGCCGAAGCUGUUAACAAGGCUCUUGAAGCUCUCGAAGGCCGCGGAGCUACGCUGGUGGAGACACCACUUUACCACCUGACGCCCAUCAACGUUGCACACAGCAUCACGAUCAUGACCGAAUUUGCUCAAAAUCUAGACAAGUAUUAUGAGCGCUUCGGGGAAUUGUCUCCGGAAGUACAGCUCAUAUUAGCCUUCGGCCGGAGCCUCACCGCCAUGGACUUUCUUGCCGCUCAGCGUGUUCGUGCGUUCGCACUGCGCCAGUUCCAGGAAAAUGUGCUCAGCAAAGUGGACGCGUUCGUGACGCCUUCGACCGGUGUGACGGCGCCUGAGGUCCCGACCGAGGCGUAUGCAGCUGGUGAGCUCAACGCACAGCAACUUGGAGAUAUCUUUCGCUUCAGCUUGUAUGGCAACCUCAUCGGCGUGCCAGGAGUAGCUGUUCCAAUCGGAUACGACCGCCGCGGUCUGCCCAUUUCCAUUCAGUUUCAAACAGGCCACUGGCAGGAAGAUAUCAUGUUGCGACUCGCCCAUGCCACAGAAGAGCUGUACGCUUCGACCCAGAAACGACCGCAAAUCUAUUUCUCCAUCCUUGAUGAUGCAGCGAAGCAGUCCGACAAGUGA